AAACAAGUAAACAAAAAAAAAGCAGGAUCUUCGAAUUUACACAUUAUAGUCAAAAUAGACAUUAAAUUCUGGAACUCAUACAUAUGAUUUUAUAUUUGAAUUAUACCCAUAAUGGAAAUAGUAAAUGCCAACUCUGCAUCACUGAGCAAUCUUGAAGUUUUCAAGCACCUUCAGAAAAUCAAGGACAGCAAAAGGAAACACAGGGGUCAGCUUGCUACAAUAACUUAUGAGACAAUUCGUUAUUUGGAAAAUACUCCUUGUGCUGAUGAAACUAAUGAGAGUGUGAAGGAAUGCUUGAAAGCAUUAGCACCAUUCAAUCUCAAUAAGACUGAAAUGUUGAUGAUGAUAAAUUCUCCUCCAAUAACAGCAUUGGAGAUCCAACUGAUGGUGGAAGAAAGUGAAGAAAGACUUACAGAAGAACAAGUUCAAGAAAUCCUAGAGAUAAUUGUGAGAUACUUCCCCUAUGUUGUUAUGAAGGAGGCUGAUGAAGAAGACAAUGAAUCCCAAGAAUGAAACCUGAUUAUGUGAGAUAGGUAGUUGGUAAAGGAUAUUCUACUGUGAUUAUUCAAAAUAAGCAGCAUUCCAUAU